AUGUUUUUGGGAUGUGGGAAGAAGCUGGAGUACCCAAAGAGAACACAUGCAGUUGUGGUGUUACCAACAGCAAAAACUCUGCCUGUCAGCACCAAAAGAGGCUUCCACUGUGCAGUUCUGAGGCUUCAGGAUGAAUCCAAAUCAAACAAAUACACAUACUCUUCUGGUCAUGACCCAGUCACAGCUUCGCAGGGAGACUCUGCAUCUAAUCCAAUAGCAGAUGAGUCCGCCGCACCAAAAUUGAGUUACCAGGAUUCAGCUUCAGAACAAGAUGAGUAUGAAACAGAGGAACAGCUUCAAGCUCAGGUUCUCAAUGCUGCUUUGGAAUUUGUCCCACAACAUGGAUGGACAAUGGAGGCCAUUGCGGCUGGUGCUGAGACACUUGGUCUUUCAACUGCUUCCACUGGUAUGUUCCAAAAUGGAGCCGGAGACCUCGUCCUAUAUUUCAUCACUCAGUGUAAUUUACAACUGGCUGAGACACUAGCCGAGCAACAGAAGCAGGUCCAGUUAGGCCAAGCAGAACCAAAGGAGACUGGUGUCUUUCUAAGAGAUGCUGUCGAGACCAGACUGAGGAUGAUUAUCCCUUACAUAGAAACAUGGCCGCAGGCUAUGAGCAUUCUGCUUUUGCCUCACAACAUCCCUAAAAGUCUGAAACUACUUUCCACCCUCGUGGAUGACAUCUGGUACUAUGCAGGUGACAGAUCAACAGAUAUGAGCUGGUACAGUAAAAGAGCAGCACUGACCGGCGUCUACAACACCACCGAGCUAGUGAUGCUUCAGGAUUCCUCCCCAGACUUCCAGGACACUUGGAACUUCCUUGACAACCGCAUUCAGGAUAUAUUCAGCAUGGCUUCUUCUGCCAAACAGAUACAGUCUACAAGCGAAGCCGUGGUGCAAGGGCUCAUGGGAGCAACUGUAACUAUGAGGAAUCUCACCGGAACAAAUCAGAGACGAUGA